AUUAAACAUAUCGUGGUUCAUUUUGUUUGUAAUACGCGUGGAAGUGGGAAAGGGAGGGAGAUGGUGGUGUGUGCGUGUUGUUAUUCGUUAUGUUUUCGUACGCACAUCACAGAAAUCGAAUAAUCUUCUUUUAUGAAUCGAUUGCUUCAAUAGGAUCUGAUCUUCGUAGGAUUUGCCAAAAAGAAUUAGAUUUUGAAGCAAUUCGUCUUUGUGGGUAACGUUCAUUCUUUCCAAUCCCUCAAAAUUCCAUUUUUUGGUUUUGGGAUCAGUGGGAAAUGGAGAAGGUGAUCAACAUUCUGAAGCCGAAGCCAAACCCACAGCAGCAAUUGAGAGACUGGCAGCGCAGGCUUCGCCAAGAGUGUCGCAACAUUGAACGCCAAAUUCGCGAUAUACAGAGAGAAGAAAAAAAUGUGCAGAAGGCGAUUAAGGAAGCUGCGAAGAGGAAUGACAUGGGCUCUGCUAAGGCACUUGCUAAGGAACUCGUGAGAUCUAGGAAAACAGUGAACCGUCUUUAUGAAAAUAAGGCACAAUUGAAUUCAAUAUCAAUGCACCUUGGAGAGAGUGUUGCAAUUGCUCGUACUGUGGGACAUCUAUCAAAGAGUGCUGAGGUUAUGAAGCUUGUCAAUAACCUCAUGAAGGCUCCUGAAAUGGCUGUGACAAUGCAAGAGUUCAGCAAAGAAAUGACUAAGGCAGGAGUUAUUGAGGAGAUAGUAAAUGAUGCUGUUGACUCAGCACUAGAUUCGGAAGACAUAGAAGAUGAGAUAGAAGAAGAAGUUGAUAAAGUUUUAACUGCAAUAGCUGGUGAGACAGCUGCACAACUUCCUGAAGCUGUGAGGAAAGAAAGGGUGAAGCAACCUGCUCAAAGGGUCGGAGCCACAGAGGAGGAAGAGGCUAUAACUGAGGGUGUUGAUGAUGAGGAAGAAAUGGAAGAAAUAAGGGCCCGACUUGCUAAAGUUAGGUCAUAAACAAGUUUCUAGUCUUGCCCUGCUAUAUUAUAAGAGAGAUGUUCACAUGUUUAUAUCCUAUUUGUCAUAUUUGGAUUGGAAAAGACAACCAAUACUACAACUGAGAAUAGUACUGGAAUGGGCAGUUCCUAUAUGUAAAUAACACGAAGUUCUUGAAACUUGAAAGUGUAUCAAGCUGUAGAUUUUUUAAGUUUAUAAGAUUAAGCGCAAAACUAACUUUGUCCA